UGUUGGCAUCAAUGAAAAAACCAAACAAAAAAAGUAAACGAUAAAGUGUGAGGUUAAGUAAUCAAAUUUGACAAAUUUAAAAGUUAUUUUAUUCAAAAUUCAGGAAAAAUGCCCACCGUAUUAUUACUAGAUUCUUCAUUAUCCAUGUCCAGACCGGUGCAACUUCCGGAAAAUGCAGAAACAACACGAAAACAACUCGCAGUUGCAGGUAUCAAGACGUUCCUAGACACUUUAAGCAUUCAUGCGAAAUUAGAAUUUAUAUCUCUGAUGACGUUCUCAUCAUACUUUGAAGAACAAUGUGCUUUUACACGUGAUUAUAGCUUAGUAAAAUCUUCUCUCCUAAAUUUAGUAGACUUGGAUAAAACUUGCAUUGAAACGGCGUUUCAUGGUGUGAAUCAAUUAGUUCUUACAGAAUGGGGAAACAAUACAGCUUGCCAUGUAAUUCUAAUUACAGAUGGAAAUACCGGAUUAGGUCCAGGUUCUUUAAAAGAAUCGUUAUCGACAAUAAACCAACGAACCGUUAACAAUCAAUUUCCUUUACCAUUUUCAUUUCCAGCAAAAUUACAUAUUGUUUGUAUAGCUGCUCCGAAUGAUGCUAAUCUAUUAAAAGCAAAACCAAUGUAUCAAGAACUUAUUGAUAUGUGUGGUUAUGAUGGUUCUAUUUGUACCCCGGAUACGAAUUUAACCGAAGUUACAGUUUGCAAUAUGUUUCAAAAAUUAGCAGAGGAAAGUUAUACAUCAUUUAAAGGUACUUUAAAAUGCGGACAUUUAGAAUCUAAAGUUAUUUUAUCACCAGCACCAGUGCCAUACACAAAAAUAACUGAUUUCGAUUACCAAACAUAUAAUCUUUCACAAACAGUAGAAGUAUGCGGUUUUAUAAGCAUUGCAGACGUAGGUUCACCAAUGGCUAUUAGUAGACAUUUAAUAUUACCAGCAAGUAAAGAUAACGCACCUUUAAAACCAGAAAUAGAUUUAACCGAAGAUGAAUCAGAUGAAGGCAAAGUCCCAUCCUUUUGUGUCUUACUCCACGGUGCUCUUAAAGUUGAAAAUAUGGCCGCUUUGGUUACAAUAGGGGAAAAUUGGUUUGGAUUUAUCUACUCAUGGGCAGAUUCAAAGAAAAAAUCCAACUUAAUGCUAACAAUUUUAAUGCCAGGUUCGGAUUCCGUUCCAUGGUUGGGCGAUCUCAACAUGUUACAUUGCGCCGACAAUAUGAAUAGUGAUAAUGUAACUGCUUUUCCUGUGCGACCAACUGAGAAAAGGAGUUACUCACAGAAUAGCGUCGUUUGGAUACGACAGGCUGGAUUACAAAGUGAUAUACAAAAAAUUUUACGACAUGCGAGGAAAUUACCUGAGAAAACACAGCAAUUUUAUAAGGAAUUGAAUAGAUUAAGAAAAGCCGCUAUUCAAUUGGGAUUUAUUGAGUUGUUAACUGGGUUGGCUAGUAUCUUUGAACAGGAAUGUACGCAACUUCCUGGAUCUGCACAUCCUGAUUGUGCCUUGCAAUUGACUCAUGCUGCGGACGCGUUGAGAAAGACACAAACUAGGGAUAUUAAGCAUGUUAUUUGUCCUUUACCUACUAAUUAUAAUGCUUCGUAAGUUAUUUUCCGAAUUUAUAAGAUAUUUUGUAUUUAAUUUGUUAAUUAUAAUAUUAAUUAUAAGG